UUUGCCGCGAGUUUAUCCGCUUAAAGCAGUUUUUGUGAUUAUUUUUAACAAAUUUCUUUAUUUCUUUGCCUUGAAUUACCUUAUAUUUAGAAAUAUUUACAAAAUUAAAAUAUUUUUCAUAUUUGUUACAUUCUUAAAUGGAUGUAUAUCCACUAUAUUUAGUCAAAUAUAACUAAUUCAUAAUGUUUUAGAGACACUUAUGUUCUUUUUAGUAUGGGUAAUUCAAAUUCCUGAACUACAAUGGCUAAUGAUCACUGUUCUGACCUGUUAUUAGAAUUACAAGUCACUGAUAAUAUAAUGAGCACUGCUAUAGAGUCACCACGAAGCAAUUCUCCCAAAGUGAUUGAUAAAAAUGAAAUUACUAAUAACAUCGAAAGUGGGGAAUACAGCGAUCAAGACCAAGAUCUAGUGAAACGAGGAAAGAGACGAGUGCAACAGUUUUCAGACAGUGAAAGUGAUGAAGAGAAGGAAAAUUGUCCAAAUGGUGUUAAUGCUUUAGGUUUAAAUAAUGAAGAACUUUCCCCUAAUAACCAAGACACACGACCAGAAAGUAAUGAGGAAACCACAGAGGUAUCAAAAAUUUGUGUUCAUAAAUCUAGGAUUAGGACUAUUUCAACUAGUGAGGACGAUAGUGAUGCAGCAUGUUCUGAAUCUGUUUUUAUUAAGAAUGAACAACAACAAUUACGAAUGUUAAACAAAAGGAAAAAAUUAAAAGAAAAAUUUAAAAAAAUUACUUUGUCCCGUGGGAAUAAUGAUGAAAUGGGAAAGGUUUUAAAUACUAAUACUAAAAGUGAUUCAUCAUCUGAUCAUUUUAACAAUGUAAGCUCUGAGAGUUCCUGUGAUGAAGACUCAUCAGUUGUUAAAAUUAAAAUGAGUGUUAAAAAAGAAAUGACUACAUUCAAGACUACUCUUUGUGAUCCUGACACUUCCGAUGAAGAGACUCAUUCAAUAAAAUCACCACAGAAAAAAAAUGAAAGGAAAACAACUAUACUGACAUCACCAAAACCCAUGAGGCUAACUGCAAAACAAGCAUUAGAGAAUAUGCAGAAAAUAAAAAGUGAAUCCAAUCGAAUGCUGCGUGAAAAAGAAGUAUCAUUACCUUAUCACCGGCCAAAAGCAUUAUCUCUUAAAGACAUAAUGAGUAGAAGAAAGCCAGCAGUUGCUUCAGAUGGUAAAGCUUUGCCAAUCAAAAUGAAUAAUGAACAAUUAAAACAAUAUGUGCAAUUGCUAGAGCAAAGACAGAAAGAGAUGAUGGAACUAUGUAAAAGUGAUACAGACGAAGAAGAAGAAAGAGAAAUAGAGCCACAAUAUGAUUGUUUAAAUCUAGAAACUGAUUUAAAUAAACCAGAAAAAAGCAAAGAAAAUGAAAUCUGUGAUAAUAAUGAUGCUAGCAAUGAAAAUGAAUAUACAAAUAUUACUCAGUGUCUCGAUAAUGCAAAUAUUGAUAAAGAAAAAAAAUCAUCAGGAUUACCUGAAAAUGUUUUAAUUGAUGAAACUAAAGACAUUUCUAAUUCUGAAAUGAAACUUAUUAAUAAUGAUUUUGCAGUAGAUGUUAACAUGUCAGUUGAUAAUGAAAAUAAACAUGCUGACUCUGACGAAAACGUAAUAGAUAAAGAAGCAACGGCCCCUUCCUUAAAACAAGCAAUAGAUAGUCAAUUGUUGUCUUUACAUUAUGACUCAGAUAUACUAGGAAUUGGCAAAGAAAUCAAUAAUUCGGAUGUGUAUAUUAAUACUAAUAAUAAAACUGAGAAAACAAAUGAAGAAUAUAAUAUGAUUGAAAAUGACUUUGAUAAUGAUUUGAACAUUGAAGAAAUAGAUAAGAUUAUAGAAAAUGCUGAAAUAAUUAAAGAUUCUAAUUGUAAAGAAAAUAAAUUACUCAUGUCUGAAACAGGUGUAAUACCAAAAAAUAUCAUGCCUAAGUUAACUGGAGCUCCUGGAAUGGUUAUUGAUCUGGAUGCAACUGAUCCAUUUGCAGUAAACAAACCAUCAGGUGUUGAAUUACUAAAAGAGAGGUUCACAUACUUUGCAAAGCUUAAGACACCUGAGGAACUGGAGAGAGAGAAAGAGAAGAGAUUGAAACCAGGUACUCAACAUCUAAAACUGAAACAAGAACUUGAAGAAAAAAUUGCUGAACAGAGAUCACUGGAGUGGGCAAAACGAUUGGAAAAAGAAAAGCAAAAUAAUUUAGAAAUUAAUGAUGAUGAUAGAGGUAAUGUUUCAGAUGAGGAAGAUAUUGAGAAAAUUGAGGCUAAGUUAGAACAUGAUGAGGCUUUGAAAAACGAAUCUUCGGGAAGCGAAGAAGAAGAAGAAGAAAUGGAUGAUAUUGAAGAAUUAAAAGAUGUGCCAAGAAAACGAAAUCCUAUGAUUGAUGAUGAAGCUGAAGAAUCGGAUAUUGACGAGUGUGAUGAUGAUGAUGAGCUUAAAGCAAAAGAUGGUAAGAAUAAAAGAAGUAGUGCAUAUGCAGAAAUAAAUGAUGAAAAUGACACUGAACUAGAAGAGGGCAAUGACGAUAAUGAAGAUGAUGUUGAAGAAGAUAAUGAUAGUGAUUCAAAUGAAGAUGAAUCUUCAGAAUCAGAAGUUGAAAUUAAUUCCAAAACAAAGAAAGGUAGAAUAUUGAAAGCAUUUGAAGACUCAGAUGAUGAAGAAAUCUCUGUUAAGUCAGAUAUUCAAGAAGUAAAAGCUUUAAACGAGAACAACAAUAAACAAUCUGUAGAUGAUAAUCCUGAUUUUAUUGUGAAUGACUUACCGAAUCACAGUCAUGCUGAAGGUGAAACGCAAGAUGAUGAUUUACAAUUAGCUCAAAUACACAAGUCUUUUUCUGAAGAUCUAUUUACAAGUCAAGAAAGCGGGGUGAUCGGUUCCUCUAAUCCAAAACAGGCCAAAGAAGGUGAUGGACUUGAUUUGGGAACACAAACAUUUUCUAUUCUUAACACUGAUGGGAAUAAAAAAUCUAAUGGAAUGUUUAACUUGGGUGAUGCUGAUAAGUUGACUGUUAUUUGUGAAACACAACCUGAUGAUGAUAAUUUGGACGCUAUUGUAGGCAUGUGCUCUGGAAGUUUUUCACAGAAUUUAGUCACAUCACAAUUCCCGACAACUCAAUCUCAAUCUCAAGUCAUUGGUGAAGAUAUAUUGAAUCUCUGCACUGGGAAGUUUUAUAAUAACGAAUUUGUCUCACAAAUCGAUGACGGUGUUAAAAUAAAUGCUAUAGAUAAAGCUUCUCAAAAAAUUAUAGAAGAAACACAUACAGAAGAUUCGUCAGGACCCGCCAAAGCAGAAAAUGAUCAAAAAUCUGGAGAAAGUAACUUAUUAAAAUCAAUACUUGAUGAACUAAAUGACCCUGAGUUUGAUAUUCCUAAAGGCAACAAAUAUUUUCCAAGUAAUACACAAAACAAUGAAAAUAAUAUGCAAUAUAAAAAGAAAUUUGUGAUAGAAUCAGAUGAUGAAAUUGAUAAACCAACUGAUGUUAAUGGGACAAAAAAGAAGAAAAAAAAUAAAAAGAAAAAGCUAGAAAAAAGAGCACUACAAAUAUCAGAUGAUGAAGAUGAAUACUCAGAAGAAGAAAUCGAUGACGUCAUGUCCGAUGUUGAGGAAGAUGCUGAAGAGAAUGCUGCUAAGUUUGUAGAAUAUGACUCUGAAGAGAAUGAGGUAGAAGUGAAGCCUCAAAACUCGAAAAAGAAGCGCAAAAUGGCGGAAUUUUUCGAACAGGAGGCUGAACUGACUUCUGAAGAUGAAUGGGUAGGCUCAGGAGACGAGGAUGAGGCCGGUCUGGACCGCAUGGAACGCGAAGAAGGUGACGACGAGACCUUUAAUCAGACGAAGUUGCAAAGGGAACUCGGCCAGAUUCACCUGCGUGACGUACUAGAUCAAGACAAGCGUGAAGUGAGAAUUAUACAAGAGUUGAUGUUUGAAGAUGGCGAUUUGGGUGUCGGUGGACGACAACGGAAAUUCCGUUGGCGCAAUACAGAUGGAGAGGAAGAAGUUGGUACAAUGUCCGACGACUUUGCUGACACUCAAGAAGAAGAGUUUGAAUCUGAGGAGCAGUGGCGCAAACAACGCCACGAGAGAGAAGUUUACUUGCGCCAAAUGGAGCAAAAACAGGACGAGACAGAAGACAAUCUCAAUAUGAGUAUAAACAGAACAACAAUAAUCAAAGCGAAUCUGUGUUCGAGGACUAUGUCUAACUUACUAUCCGAAGUCAAGAAGACAACAGAUGACAAGGCAAAUAGUCCUACAGUCCUGGAAAAGAAAACAAAUAAAGACAUACCAAGUCCCAAGAAAGCUUUUGCUGUAUUUCAGCAAAGUUACCACGGCUCGUUACUAUCACGAGGACGCGGCUCCCUCGCUCGGCUAGCGGCGCUCGCUACACCGCUGGCGGUCGACGAUGAUGCCCCAAAGUUCAGCUCAUUGUUACCGUCCAAUAAAAAGAACUUUGUUUUCGCUGCUCUUUCACAAGAAGACAAUAAACCUAAGGUUACAAAAAGAAAAGCUGAAACCAAAAUCGGUACUCCAAGACUGGUGAAGAAAAUGAAAACUGAAGAAAAUAAAAAAUUACCUAAAAAUAGUUUAUUUGACUAUUUAAAUCGUAACGAAAUGGCGAAUGAAAGUAAUGAAAUCGGCAGCAUCAUCAAGAAAUGUAAAAUUCUUUUGUUGGACAUCGAAGGAACAACAACAUCGAUCAGCUUUGUUAAGGACAAGCUUUUCCCUUAUGCUGAAGAGAAUGUGAAGCAGUUCCUGGAAAGCAAGUGGGAAGAAGAGAAAGUGAAGGAGGCUGUAGAUGCCCUCAGAAAGUUGGCGCUAGAGGACAAGGAGAAAAAUGUGGAGGGCGUCGUUACCAUUCCUGGAGAGGAUGCGACGAAAGAGGAGCAGAUUGAGGGUCUAGUGAACAAUGUGAAGUGGCAGAUGUCUCUAGACCGCAAAGCGGGCCCGCUUAAAUUGCUGCAAGGUCUCAUUUGGAAGCAGGGUUACGACAACGGAGAGAUCAAGGGACAUGUAUACGACGAUGUCUCUCCUGCUCUGGAGCAGUGGCGCACUGUUGAAGGACAAAAGGUGUACAUCUAUUCAUCUGGCUCUGUGGAAGCCCAGAAACUUCUUUUUGGACAAUCGAUGGCGGGCGACUUGCUUCCUUUCAUUGAUGGCCACUUUGAUACUGCUGUUGGAGCCAAACAAGAGGCUGCUAGUUACACUACUAUUGUUGAAAAGAUCGGCUGCAAGUCUGAUGAAAUAUUGUUCCUUACUGAUAUCGUAAAAGAGGCAGAAGCUGCCCGCGCGUCCGGCUUGCACGUGGCGCUAGUGAGCCGCGAGGGUAACGCCCCACUCCCCGCCGAGGCGACCGCUGCUUUUCCCGUGUUGCAAAGUCUAGCGCAACUGACUGUCACCAACAAACGCAAGACAGACCCUCAGGAAGAACAACCAGCUAAAGUAGCAAAAACAGAUGUAGAGAAGGAUGUGAAGACAACAGUGGAAACAAAUACAGCUGAAGUUACUACUGUUAAGGAAUCUAAUAAUGUAGAAAGUAUGGAAGUAGAAGAAACUCCCAUUGAAGAGAAAGUGAAAGAAAGCAAUAAUGAUCUGGAAAUGACAGAUGAAGUCACCUCAAAGACAGAGAUAAAAGAAAUCACAGAUGCCAAUGAAGUUGCUGAUAUACCUACAUUAAAUAUUAAACCAGUUAUAAUUGAAGAUAAUGUUGAUAAGGUUAAUGAAACCGAGGCUCAAAAGAUGGAUACUGAAGUAGCUAAUUCUGAUACAGAAAAACUAGAUACAGAGAAGACGGAUACUGAAAAGAUGGACACUGAAUUAUCUAAUUCUGAUGUACCUACCUCUGAUGAGUCUACUAAACCACAAGAAAAUUCUGAUUUAAAGAAAGAAGAGAAAACUCAGUCUGUUUCUGAAGAAAUACCCGCAGUAGUUAUCACGGAAAUAGAAGAUGUAAGCGACAAACAAACGCUUAGUGAGGUUGCAGAGAUCAUUGAGGAUUUGGAACCAGUAGUCGAGGAACCUGCUGUUGUAGAAGAUAUGGAAGAAUUACAAAAUGUUGGAGAGGUUCUAGAAAAAGAAUGUGAUGAAAUUUUGUCAAAAGUGCAAGAUGUAACUAAUUUAGAUAAUAUACCUCUCAAGCCUUUACUAAAUCCUAUUGCAGAAGAAACAAUAGAAACUGAUAAUGUAGACUCAAACGAUAUUGUGGAUAGAAUACUCGAUACUGAACUAGAAAUGGAAAUGAAACAAUGCAAUGACAUAGAUUUGAAUACAGUGGAAGAAAUAAAAGAAACAAAGACUGACAAAGAGAGUGACAAACCUGUACAAGAAGAAGUAAAUGAUACUACUACACCUGUAACAAAUGAUGUUCCUGAAGAAAAGACUACAGAAACUGAAGUAGAGGCCAAUAAUGUAAUAGAGAAAGUUGAAGAGAGUAGUCCCACAGAAACAGAAACUACCCUAGAAUGUAAACCAGAAGAAGUAGAGAAAGAAAAAGAGAAACCAGUUGAAAUCGAGAGCAAUGACGCAUCAACAGUACAGAAACCUACAGAAAAUUCUGAUUCCAUUGUGACACUUUCAGAAGAAAUUAAGGAAGAGGAAAAACUUAAAGAAGUUGAAACCGAAAGUGAAGUUAAGGAACCACAUGUUAAUGGCAAAGACACAAAUGGAGAUGCAGAGACGUUGAAUUUAAAUGGAGAUGCGAGUAAAGUUGAAGAGUUAAACUCUAGGUUGUCUGUAGAAAAUGGCAAAGAAGUAGUGAAUGGCUCAAAUGGGGACUCUAGGGAUUCUGAGAAAGUGCAAAUCGACAACGUAGCGGAAGCUGAUAUUAAAGUGAAGACAGUCGCUGUCGAAGAGCCGCGUACUGAUCCAAUAGAGCAACCUACGGAAGCAUAAGAUAACUUGUGUGCGACGGGCGAAACAGCAGGGCAUAGCAGCGUUGUUGGUUCACAUCUGAAGAUUGACAAGACUGAGGUUGCUUCCACGCUAAUGACAUCACAUCCUAGUAUAUAUGUGUAUUGAAAUUUCACUGUGUACCGCGCGACCGACGGUGUAUACUGCUAACGCACAAAAAUUUUACACAAUAUGGUCAUCAUUGAUCAUUGGUUGCAGUUUAAAUUGAUAGUGUUGUAAUAAUAGAGAAAUGCUAGUGGCUGAUUUUAUAAUUUGUCAUAGAGCAACAUGGUAUGAUUUUACUGACACGGCGUCAAUAGGAGAGGAAAAUGUAUGCAAUUCUAUAGAGAUUAAUGUAUUAAUUUUACACGGCGUGAACGUGUACGUGCACGAAAAUUUAAAAACGUUUGUUACACAUAUUUUUCUUCAUAUUGUACAAUAUUUUGUUGUUCUAUGACAGUAUAAAAACGUCAAUUAAGCUCGUACAGUAAAUAAUGAGAAGGAUAUUCUUUUUUGCCACGUUUUUGGCAUACUUUUAAAUCAUGUCUGUUUGUACAUUUAUUUUCAUAGUGUUAUCACUAUAAAAUCUGAAAUGUUAAGCCCCAAAGACGGUCAAUUUUCUAAAAAUGAUUCACGAAAAUUAUAUUUUAGGUUUAAAAUUAUAUCUCUCAAUUUUCAUUAUAAUCUGUUUUGUAGUUUACACUUCAAAACUUUUCAAGUAGACAUACUUUGGUAUUUAUUAUAUUGUUAAGUUAAACGUUGUAAUACUUGAUUACGUUGUAAUCAAGUGGCCUAAAUAGGUGACGUGAACAGUAUUAUUUUUUUAUAGCGUAUUUAAAAAAAAUAUUUUUUGUAUUGAGAAUUUCCUACGCCAUCAAUAUCCCUAAUAGGAUUCUAUUAUAAGUAUUAUUAUUGACAUUAAUUCUAAAUGAAGGAUUUAUGUAAUUUAACUAUUCAUAUAUAUUAAUGGGAUGGAACUUUUGUUCUCCUAAUUAAACAUUCCUAUUCCCCUGUUACGAUAAGUGACAAUACUUUUACAAUUUUAUAUUUUUUUAUAAAAGCCAAUUUCGGUGCUUAUACAUAGUGCAAGGUUAGCAGUGUACAUUGAUCGUAGCUUAUUUGACUUAGGUAAGUUUUAUUAGUAAGUAUUAACUGUAUUGUGAUUCUUAAUUAUCGUAUAUAUUACUCGAUUUUCUUGAAUUUCAUCCACUGCCAAACUCGUGUCGCACAUUUGACGCUGGGUAACUGAGUUAUUGUGAUAUUGAAACGGAUUAUAAGACUGUAAUACGAUUAGUAACUGAUGUGUGGGCUGUGCUAGUAAGGUAUUUAUUAAACUAGGUGCGAGGAGUUAACGCAUUCGUAUGCGUUUGAGAAUUAGUUCUGUAUUUUUUUUUUUUUUUAUUUUAAAAUAUUAUAGAUCUCUACUUUGACUCUUGCGUACGAUAAUAUAAAUAAAUGUCAAUUAUGAUGUCACACAUAAUUUGUAAAAUUAAAAGUAUUUGUACGCAAUUGUGGUACAAAAACGUUUUUUUAUUACAAAUUUUAUAAUGGUUUGUCUGCUAGGUAUUACUCUUUUUUUUUACAGCAGAUAAAGGCGAGUAAGUUUUAUAAAAUGUUUGUGUUUACGCGUUUUAUGUUCUGAAUGUGGAAUGAAUUUUGUAUGUAUAUCGGAGUCUGUAAAUAAGUGAUAGGCUUGGGGAUUGUAUCGGAGAUGGUAGGUCAGAUUUAAUUAAUUUGUAUGGUAAUGUGUUAAAUAAACAUCAAAUGAACUUCAAACAAGGACGAAGAGCUAUCCACCUUUGGUCAUUGUUCGAAUUUUGGCGUGAUACAAUGUAUGAUGUCUGUUUCUAUUAGUUAUUAUAAAGACGGAGUAACGAAUAAACGACAGGGAUCAGAACACUGCUAAAAGGAAUAAGAAAAAUAUAAUGAAAUUAUUGAUGAAAUAAAUUGGGGUGGGGAGAAAAGAGCAUUGACUCGUUUUGUCUAAUUCCAUCAUAAUGAUAAUAUAUUAUUUUCACGUGCUUUAAGUGCACGUCGCCACCAGUCGAAAAAUGGCCUCUUUAUAAACUAGUCAAAGGUAUUAGAAUCUCAGACUUCGACGUGACUGUUUGAUAAUUAACAUACCUACACGAAGAUACUAUUUUUUUAUUUUUAUUUUUUUUUUAAAUUAAUGUCUUAGCUUCCAUAGUACUUAGUUAUUAGGCCAAACGGGAACGAGGGUCAGUAUACCAACAUCAAAUGUGCGCGCGAGCCUCUUCGUUUAGACUGAUUUUUUACUUGUCACUAUUUUCGUCACAAUUAUUAUCUCCGCUUCAGAAUAAAGACUUGCCAAGUUUCAAUAAAUUGAUUUCCGGGUUGAGAUAAUGAAUGUGAGACAAACGUAACAGUAAGGUACCUAAUCUAAAAUAUUUUAAGUUCAUACAUUUAUUGUAAAAAUGAACAUGUCUGGAACGCAAUUGAAAUGUAUUAAUUUUAAUUGUCAUCACUAAUGACGUUGAAAUAUAAUGGAUGUAGAAUUUUU